AUGUCUCUUUCAUUCUUCACGAAGCGAUCCGCAGUUUCUGCAUCCCAACUCCCCAUCUGCGAUUUCCUUGUCCCACGCCUUCAUCAACCAAUCCUCACCAGAAACCAGAUUCAAAGUCGCAACCUCUCCGUGGCUGCGCAGCGUAAGAAUGAUACUUCAAGCAUCAGACAAGGCGAAGAAACACAUUAUGCGUCACAAGCAACGAAAAUAAGAGCCGGUGCAGAGGCAGCCGCGAAUCCAGCUCCUCGAGGGAAACCAUUAACGCCGGCCCAAAGAGAAUUUCUUGAUAGUGCACUUCGUGUAAACCAAGCGGGGGAAUUAGCAGCCUGUCUAAUAUACACGGCGCAAACACCCGUUGUAGUUGCCUCUCAUCCACAUCUACGACCUCUCAUGAAACACAUGUAUGAUCAAGAAGCUGGACAUUUCAAGACCUUCAACGAACUCAUCGCGAAGCAUCGUGUACGGCCUACGGCCAUGUAUCCCUUCUGGACAGUCGCGGCUUCUGCGCUUGGAUGGGGGACUGCUGUUCUGGGGCGGGAGGCAGCGAUGGCGUGUACAGAGGCUGUGGAGACGGAGAUUGGUUCUCACUACAAUGAGCAAGUGAAGGUACUGCUGGAGAUGGCAGAUCAGAUGGAGAAGUCUGGGGAGACAAUUGGAGAAGAUUUACAAGUAUUGAUUGGCAACAUAAGGAGGAUCCGAGAUGAAGAGCUGGAGCAUUUGGAUCAUGCAGUGGAGAAUGAUGCACAGAAGGCGGUUCCACAUGAGCUGCUGACAGGAUUGAUCAGGGCAGGAUGUCGUGGGGCAAUCUGGGUCAGCGAGAGAGUAUGA